GAGGAGAACAGAAGGAACACCACCACGAAGUGAAGACAGUGUGCGGUAUUCAGCCGUUUGUGAGCCGGUCACGAUUGACGCCGACACGAUGACAGACUGUCCGUCGGGCCUCAGCCGCCGUUAACAAUGGACCCGCUCCUUCCGAGCGUCCCCCCGGGGCUGCUGCGGGCCCUCGGCGCUGCUUUAGGACGAGGCACUAGGUUUCAGGUUCGCUGUCGCCUGAAGUAAAUAUUCACACGGAUUUAGUUUUCAUACAGAUUGAACGCUUUCAAUAUAUCGGCCCAAGUUUUUAUUUUUUCUCCCACAUGUUGACUUUAGUGCCCCCUGUAGGGAAUAUUCCGGAAGAGAGCAACUGCAGCUUGUGCAACAUCGGCUGGUUCCCCAGCGCGGACCCAGUUCCUUUCCUCACACACCAUCGAGAAAGGCUGCGUCGGCUUUGGGUUUCCGGCCGACGCAAACGUGGAUUUGAUGUGCGUUCAUUUGGGACAGGGUCUCAUGUGAAGCUUCCCGGUCCUGCCCCGGAUAAACCAAAUGUGUAUGACUUCAAAACGACAUAUGUACAGAUGUACAACGACUUGGUCCGCAAGGACAAGGAACUAUACACACAGAAUGGCAUCCUGCACAUGCUGGACCGCAAUAAGCGCAUCAAAUCAAAGCCGGAGCGCUUUCAAAGCUGCAAGGACAUGUUUGACCUGGUCAUCACCUGCGAAGAGAGAGUCUAUGACCAAGUGCUGGAGGAUCUGAAUUCGAGAGAGCAGGAGACUCUCCAGUCUGUGCACGUGAUUAAUGUAGACAUUCAGGAUAACCACGAGGAAGCCACGCUGGGCGCCUUCCUCAUCUGUGAGCUGUGUCAAUGUAUCCAGCACACCGACGACAUGGAGGAUGAAAUGGAUGAGCUCAUCCAGGAGUUUGAGGAGAAAAGCAACAGGCCUUUUCUUCAUACUGUCUGUUUCUACUGAUACACAAUAGAAAUUUGCAAUAAACAUAAUCUUGUAUUACAAGCAAACAAACAUAUAUGGAGACACACACACACACACGUCUUACUCAGUCAUCGCAGAACAGUACAUACACAUUGUGUGCCUACGCCGCCACACACACAGCUUUGGGUCAGGACCUAACAAAUGGCUGCCUUUGGACUUGGUGGUGAUGAGUUGUUCCUCUAAGCAGAGGACUGACUCGCUGCUCUCACUCUGCCUUUAUUUCUCCGGAUCAAGGUCAGGCCAAGGUCCUCCCUCCAUCCCAGUUCAGUGAAAUCACUCAACCCUGUCUCCUCAGGGAGAGCCAUAACACUCCCACCCCCGAUUCAACUAGCGCUUUCCUAGGCCCUCUACUUUUGUUCUGUACGGCAUAUUAGAGCUGAUUUUAGUUUUCUCCGGAUAUAUAAUUGUUAUUCAUUUAUGCAUACAUGUCGGAUUUUUAUUCCUGACUGACAGUGUAAAUGUGUUUCUUGGGGUCGGCAGGAGAAUGAAUUGAACUGAGCGCCUGUUUUUGUGCAACCAUGUGUUGUAGAUUAGUUUGGUUUAAGUUAAAGCGGGUCAGCUAAUAAUAAGUAAUGAAACCUAGACCUCUGAGGUUCUACGGUGUGUUUCCAUUAUGUGUUGAUUCAUAUUUAAACUCGAAUAUGCUGUUUUUCAGGGCAUGGUAUUUCUUUUCCUUUUGUAAAUGUUUAAGAAUUCAAGCAUUGUAAUUAUUUGCAAACUGCGAGCUCAGCUCAGAGUGCCUGAUCUUUCUGUAUGUACAUAUGAAUCCUCUAAAGAAAGAAACAUC